GGCAGUGAACAAUAAAUACCGUAACAGACAGAUGGUCAACACACACUUCACCAUGAAGGCUGUGGCACUGCUUCUCUGUGGCCUGGCAUUCGCUGCCGCCAAACCCUACAAGCAAGCUGACAAGGAAUUCCUGCAGAGGCAGCAGGACUUACUGAGGCUGCUUGUGAAUAUACAACCAAACACCUACAGCCAGGAGGAGCAGCAACAAGCCACCUCCUUCAACUUUGAACAACAACAGCAAAACUCUAACAAUCCAGAUGCUGUGAAGCAGUUCCAGUACGCAUACGAGCAGGGCUACCUGCCUCGUGGCGAAGUGUUCAACUACUACAAUCCCACCCACUUACAGCUAGCUAUCAAGCUGUUCGACCUCUUCUACUUUGCCAAGGACUAUGCCACCUUCUACCAGGCUGCCUGCUGGGCCCGCGCUCAUGUCAAUGAGAAGAUGUCCGUGUACUCCACUAUCGUGGCUAUUAUGAACAGGCCCGAUACUAAAGGCAUGGAAAUCCCACCCUUAGCAGAAGUCCUCCCUUUCCUGUAUGUCAACACUCGUGCCGUCCAGCAAGCCCAGAACUUGAAGCAGCAAGGUCAGAAGCAGGCGUACGUACAGUCCAACAACACCUACUACUACAAUUACAACCCGGAACAACAACACCCAGAAGAGUACCCCUACACCAACCAGUACCAGCACUACGAGACAGAACAGUACGCUAACCAGUACCAACAACAGUACCGAGAGGGUCAAGUCAGCUACUACAACGAGGACGUCUAUCUGAACCAGCAGUUCGCCUACGAGCUGAUCAAGAACCCCGCUUGGUUCAACAGCCAGAAGUACCAUCAGGAGAAGCAACAGUACCAGAACAAUGGAGAGAACUUCUACUACUUCCUGCAGCAGCUUUUGGCUCGCUACAACCUGGAGAGGUACUCCAACAACAUGCCCAGUGUGCAGCCCUUCCAGUUCAACCAGUACAUCAAGUAUGGCUACAACCCUCAACUGCAGUUUGCUAACGGAGAAGCUGUUCCUGCUCGCCCACACAACUACCACAUCAACAACGCCAACUCUUAUCUUCUGGAGGAACUGGAAAUCCUGGACGGGCGCAUUGCUGAUGCUGUUGACAGCCAUCAGGCUCAGGCUGUUGAUGGAACCCACAUUAAGUUUACCCCAGAGGACGGAGUGGCUGUGUUGGGUAACUUAGUCCAAAACAAUGGGGAUUCAGUCAACAAUCAAUACUACGCUGCCUACAAUGGCACCUACGGUUAUCUCGACCAAUGCAGGAAAGUGAUCAGCAGCACCGUCAACUCUAAAUUUGACUACCAUAAUGCACCUGCUGCCAUUGAGGUCGACGAAGCCGCCAACAGAGACCCUGCCUUUUACCAAUGCGUCUCCCGUAUCGUCAACUACUUCCAGCAGUACAAGAACCAACAAAAGCCAUACAACCAGGAGCAGCUCAACUUCCCAGGAGUGAAGGUCCAAUCCGUGUCUGUCGAUAAGCUCGUUACUUACUUCGACGACUCUGAGAUCGACCUGUACAACGUCAUCAAUUACGGGCAAGGAGAGCAGCCACAGAACUACCAGUAUGUGGCUCGCCAACCACAACUCAACCAUAAGAGAUUCAACAUUGAGGCUAAAGUGGACAGUGACAAGGAAGCUGAAGCCAUUGUACGAGUCUUCAUUGGUCCCAAGUAUAACUUGCAAGGCCAGCAGAUCAGUCUAGAGUACGCCAGGCAAUACUUUGUUGAGAUAGACCGCUUUAUCACCAAAUUGAAGAGUGGCCAGAACAAUCUCGUUAUCAACUCUAUGCAGUCUAAAUGGUUCGUUCCACAACAACCCACAACUCGUCAGAUGUUCAAACGUGUAGAGGAAGCUCUGCAAGAAGGCAAACCUUACUAUUACGAUGAGACCCAGAGCAAGAAACCCGUUGUCUUCCCCCAGAACCUUGUUUUGCCCAAGGGCUCUAGGGCCGGCCAGGAGUAUGUUCUUGCUGUAUCUGUCCACCCCUACCAGGGCAGCCAGCCAGAACAGCAGGAAGAGAACAGACCCUAUGACAACAGACCCCAGGGCUUCCCCUUCGACCGUGUCGUUCGUGACGUUAACUUCCAGCAAGCCCAGAACAUCCACUUCCAGACCGUCAAGGUCUUCAACAAGGACCAGAAUGAGAUUAACAAAGUUGAACAAUAGAGAUCAAGUUUCUGACACUUCAAACCAUCUCAAACAACAACAUCUCAUACUUUCUUUAAUACUCUCUACUCAAAACCAAUAGACAGUUCAGGGUUACACUAGAGCACUUAGUUGUACACCUUAGCUGUGGUCUUUACCUUGAACUGUCUGUUGACUUUGAGUUAAGUAUUACGACAAAAAUAAAAAGUACUGACUUGGAA